GAUCUCCUUGCUAAAAGAUAUUGGGCGGGUGAAGAUUGACCUCAAUGCUCUUGCAACCAGCGAGGAUGGUGAUUCGGAGACCAAGCGAUCGGAGCUCCAGGCUCAGCUGGACAAGCUCAUGACGGAGCACGCGCAGCUCAUGAAGGGUGGCGAAAAUGAUGCCCAGCAGACGCCAGAGAAUGGCGAAGGCCCUGCGACAGCUAGCUUCGAACAGAAGGAGCGACACUUUCGGGCAAAAGCCCCGGCCACAAACGGCCAUCGCGGGGAGCUGGCCCGUCUGUUGGAGCGCCAACGCCGCAAGGCCUCCGAGGAGGGCCUCAACUUCACAGCUGGAGGUGCAGUCAGCACCGCUGAUGCCUUUGCCGAGGGUCACCAGAAGGAGGAGCUGGCUCAGGAGGCACCCGAAGGCGCCAUGGGGCUGGUGCUCACAGAGCCCGAAGAGCCACAAGAGCAAAGCUUGUAUCAGGCGCCCGAUUUGAUUCGCAGCUUUCUGGCUGAUGGCGGCAGAAUGUUGGAGGACUUGUAUCUGCAGCUGUUGUUGCUGCCUGGCGCUGCCAAUGCGAGUGUGACGCCCACCAAGACGGCAGGCGUGGACUUGAAACAGGAGCAGCAGGAGGAGACAAGGAAAAAUGCCGAGACACUUCUGGAAGAGGCGGAUGUGCUCAGGCAGAAGAUGGCCACCAGCGAGAGAGAAAUAGAUGCGCAGCAGCGUAUCAGCGCCCAGCGCUAUGCCGAGGCACGUCGUGCCGAGCCGGACAUGCCGGACAUUGUGCCGCUGCCCGUGGAACAUCCGGACGAGAUUCGCCAACGAAUGGUGGUCGACAGGUUUGGCCCGGAAAUGCGGUGUGGCGAGACUCUGCCUCCGGAGAGCCGCAUCACGACUCGCAGCGUUGAGCUCCAUGCAGAGUCGAUUUUUCAAGGUUCCUACGGAGGCCAGUUUGCAUGGAAGUACGUGGUGACCUUCUCGAACCACGGUGAGGAGACUGUCCAAAUGCUGACACGGCACUGGGUUUUCGUCGACGCCUUGGGCCGACUGGAGACGGAGGUGAAGGGCCCGGGUGCUCGCGGUGUCACCCCGGUGCUGCCUCCGGGCGGUCAGUGGGUCUACGAGAGCGGAACGCGCCUGAAGACUCCGCAUGGCACAAUGCAUGGAAGCUUCCAGUUCGAGAUUUUGAAUAGCAGCCAAAGGCUCGACAGCCGCUCCUUCAGCGCGCGUGUCGGCCGCCUCACACUGUCGGAGGAUGGGCGGCCAAAGAAUGUGCCUUGCGUGUCGGAGGCAGAGGAAGGCAUGCUUCCACUGACUAGUGUCCUGGCAGUGGAACGGGUGAUUCUCGGAGGACGUGCGGACCUUGUGCGGAGGAAAAACGGAUCCUUCAUCUUCAGCUAUGAUGUCCAGAUUAACAACGCACGUGAGAGUGACAUAGAAGUCGUCGGGCACUUCUGGGAGGUUGUGGACUCUAAAGGUCACCGUCACAUCGCUGCAUCCGGCGAGGGUGUGGGAGGAGUCUUCAAAGGAACGAGCCGCAGUCUUGCGGCGGGCGAUGCAUUUCGUGUGCAAGGGCAGGUCGCUUCACCUACUGCUGAAGGAAACGCGCAGGGCACUUACCGCGUGCGGAUCCAGCAAGCAACGAGCGAGAUAGAGAUCGAAGCGCGGACGGAUUGGAUGGGCCUCUCUGCAGACAAGGACCUUCCGGGUGCAGUUGAUGGGGCAGUGAGGGAGACCAGGAGCGACAGCGCCGAUGAAGUGCAGGUCACAUAUCCGCCCUCGCCACCUUCUCCGGCAUCACCAUCUCCCUGGGACGAGGACACGAUGAUCAUACACCAUGUCCUCCCAGGCGUCGCGGGAACUAGUGGUCCAGCUGCUGCCAGCCUCGACAGUGUCGCAGAGCCGGUACAGGAGCUGGACGAGGAGCCUGGCGAAGCAGUUCCCGAAACCAGAGGGAUGGGUGGAAGAAGCAUGUCAGGCAGCAGUGUUCGCUUCCAGCAAGAGCCAGAUGUAGUGCACUUCGACACAGACUCACCUGCCAGAGAAGAUCGUUUGGCCAUUGCUGCUCCCGAAGCCGUGGCAGCCCCGCCUGUGACAGCCGUGACACCACCUGCAGCUGAAGCAGAAGCGCAGGUGCCGGAGGCGUCGAUUGAGCCUGCAGCUAAAGCAGAAGCGCAGGAGCCGGAGGCCACGGUUGAGCCUGCAGCCGAAGCAGAAGUACAAGAUCCGGAGACCGUGAUUGAGCUUGAACCGGCCAAAUUCCUUGUGCCAGACCCAGGCAUUACAGGCACUCCACAGCCUUUGGCAGACGCCGCUCGGGAAAAGGUGGCUGCAAAUCUUCCGGCGCCCGCAGCAGAAGCCACCACCGACACACCUCCGAAAAUGGAGGUUGAAGUUGUGGUGACACCGCCAGAUUCUGCCAAAGAGGUAGCUAAAGAGGCUCCCAGCCUAAUUGAAGCGCCCAAAGAGGCUGAGGAUGCAGAGGCCGUCGCCCCCAGCCUUGCAGCAGCCGCGGGGCUGGCGACUGCAAAGACCCCGUCGAAAGCCGAAGGCGAGAAGCCGACUUCUGGCAAAGCGCCGAAAGCAGGCAUGACAGCACAGACCGUGCACUCCGCAGCGAAGCGGCGGCCGGCUCCCAAGGCAGCAUCUGUGCCAAAAGCAGCGCCGCACCCGAAGAAGGAGGUGACUGCAAAGCCAACGCCGGCGCCGAAAGCAGCGCCGCCCGCGGCAAAGGCCACGCAGUCCGGAAAGGCAGCUUCAGCCAAGCCCAAAGCGGCAAAGCAUCGUGCACGAAGUCACGACGAGCGCCAACAAAGGCAGCCUGGCAGUCGACGUCACAGCGCUGAGGUGUCGAAAGCGACGUCCGACGCACUGUCUGCGGCGGUGCAGGAGAAGCCGAAACCAGCAUGGGGCGGAAGUGGCAAGCUCGUGGCAAGGCCUGCAGCCGAAGUCCGGCGGGCAUCUCCCCGGCCGAAGGCCGUUACUUCCAAGCCGACGAAGGCCGCCUCGUCUGCAGACCUUCGACCUGCACCUGAGAAGUUAGGUGCGGCCCAGCCACCGGCGCAGGAGAAAGCUCCCAGCCAGGUGGUCAGUCAAGCCAAGGCCCCAUCGAAGCGUCGCGUGUCGGAGGGGCAGGCUGCGCUGGAGAAGAUGGCGAAGGACCUGGAGAAGAAUGUGAAGGCUGCCCAGGCUCAUUGUCUCCGCGAGUCCGAGAAGUGCGCAGUCAGGCACAUGAAAGCUGCGGAGGCGGAAGCAGCUGCCGUACGCCAGGCGAUGGCAUUGCAGGCAGCUGUCUCGGCACCGGAGAAGCCGCAAUCGCCAACCAAAGACACCAAGGAAGCGGAGAGCCCCGCCAUUGCGGCAGAGCCGGUGUCCCAGAGGAGCGGCUCCCUGAGGUUAGCUUUGGCAGAUCUUGUGCAGCAGGAGGACACCGACGAUGCCCAGUUAGCCAUGGCUGUCCAGCGGGUCCUCGGUGAUUCUUUGCCGUCUUCACCGUCACAUUCUUCGAGCAGGCAUUCCGGAUUGCUCACGCAGUCGUCGCCACAGCUCCUGGUGUCUCAUGAAGUACCGCUCCGCAUUGGCAGCAGACCUAGGUCAGCCUCAGGCUCUCCACGCCACUCUCACAAGGAGCUGCCGAAACAGGACGAAGGUCCCAAAAAGAAGGUCGUCAAAAGCUCGCCGGCGCACCGUCCAGGCAGAGGUGAAGACAGUCCACCUCGAACUAAAUCACCUCCGCGCAGGAGUCAGCAAUGCCAGCCAGCCACGGCAUCGAAAAUGACGCCGCGAAAGAAGGUAGACGCACGCCCGGCCUGGGACGAUCGUUUCUAUGUGGUCGAGGCCAAGAAGCAUCACCUCAAAAAGUCGGAGCUGGAAGAGGAUGUGCCUCACGAAGACGAGGUACAGCAGGAGACUCCGCAGCGGAGGGUGCGGUCCAGGUCACCGACAACGGAGGCUGCAAAGGCUCCGCAAGGUGCAGUACCAGAGAAGAGGCCGGCACCCAAGGCGAAGGGCAAGUCAAAGGCCCAUGAGAAGGCCUGGGAUCCGCUCGUGUCUGGUAUCAAAAUCGCGGACAUGAGGGCUACUGCUUGGCAGCUAGAACUGAAUGCGCGCGCAGGCGCAGGCCGCUGUGUCGCCCAGAUCACAGGUGCCGGCGGAACGGUUUGCAGCCGAUCGAGCAGUCCGACAGUUGUUUGGUUAGCCAAGUCUGGGUAUGAGUGCAGCAAGAUCCAGGUAAAGGUUACUGUAAUGGCUCCAACACCUGCGGAUCAUGUCGGCUCCCCUUCUCUAAUGCUCCGCAAUGAGACAAUUAAUCUUCAGAAGCAGGUUAUAUGCUUUCACACAUGCGUGGAUAGAUCUGCUCAUGUUUGUGAUUUUAUUUGUGCAAUCGCGCACGUGUACAUCGACGUCUAUGCCCAAUUCAAGAAUCUCGAGACAGGCUCCAGCUCCAUGCAAGGUUUUAUUGUGCUGCCCGAAGUGAUGCCGGAGCAGACGUCUCGUCCCACCGAGCAUAGCCUGCCUCCAGACUAUGCCAGGGGAUCGAGGUGUUUAUUGCAGGAGAGUGCCUCACCCGAGCUGCUGGCACCUGACAUCAAUGGUGCCUGGUACGGCGAAGUUAUGUCUGAGAUGAUUUCGACCAAGACUAGGUCUGCACUUGCACUCGAGAGGCCGUCAUGCGCCGUGGCCUCAGCAUGGAACAGCGCAGCGCUCAAGACGGCCAAACAAGACGGAAAUAAUCUGGGUCCCGUUGAAGAAGGAAUCUCGUUCAUGUUCCGCCGGCUGGCUCACGAAGUUUACAUCCGCGCCCGGCUUGCGCCAUGUUUUUUCCUGCGCAAGGGCAGCCGGGAUAGAGACCAGAUGUGGAUGGUGGUGUCAAAAUCGCUGUCAGAGAUGCUGGCCGCGGGGUCCCUGAAGCAGGUCUUUGCUCCCAAGCGCAUUGAGCCGAGAGUGCGAAGGACGCAGUACUACGAAGGAGAGGCUUGGAAAGAGCCAGAGCCGGUGCCUGAAGCCAAAGCUGCGCCAGGUCGUGCCGAGUCUGCCAGCUUUGCACCAAAAAAGCAGGAGGUGGCUCCGAUUCCGCAAAUUCCGCUCAACGAGAUCCGUGGCGUGCUCGAGCUUGUACAGUCCCCCGGCCCGGGACACCCUACGGAGCAGCGCGGCGUUGCCUUCGUCAGCGGGAAGUGGCAGCGGCUGGCAGAGCCCGGCACGCUCAGCCACGAAGCUGAGCCCGUUUCGGUCUGCGUAGCUUUCGAGGACUCUCCGAAGAUUUGUGGUGCGGGCAGAGAAUUCUGUGGGCCUUCAGUGCCAGCGUCGCCUCAUCGCAGGAAAAGCUGCCUUAGCAGACGGCCAUCGUCCUGCGAUGGCAGAGCCAGCCCCACCAGCAUCAAGAAGUUCUCGUGGUCGCCGCAGCUCUGUGAGUCAGAGGACUUUCACCAGCCUCGCAUCUCGCGGAGUGGCAGCUCAGGCGCUCUCAGUGUCGCUACCUCGAUCGCGUCAGCGCAGACGCUUCCCUGCCGACAGAUUUCAGGCAGCUUAGAGGAGGCGGAGACACGCCUGCGACGAUCCAGAACUUCUUCAUCAUCCCUCGUGGAUCACGCGAAGACUGUUUGCAUGGGUGGGCUUCGACAGGGCGCCAGCAGACGUGCACGCUACGCCUCAGAAGGUCACUCGGUCCCAUCAUUGCUGACUGGCGCGGCAACCCGCAGCCGGUCGAAGACGCACUGA